GCCGCCACGACCAGGAGGGCCCAAGGGAGGGGGCGAGCGACCGAGCGCGGCGACGCGGGACCGAGUGUGGUGUAAAGGAAUUCAUUAGCCAUGGAUGUUUUCAUGAAAGGACUUUCAAAGGCCAAGGAGGGAGUAGUGGCUGCUGCUGAAAAAACCAAACAAGGUGUGGCAGAAGCAGCAGGAAAGACAAAAGAGGGUGUUCUCUAUGUAGGUUCCAAAACCAAGGAGGGAGUGGUUCAUGGUGUGACAACAGUGGCUGAGAAGACCAAAGAGCAAGUGACAAAUGUUGGAGGGGCGGUGGUGACUGGUGUGACAGCAGUAGCCCAGAAGACUGUGGAGGGAGCAGGGAGCAUUGCAGCCGCCACUGGCUUUGGCAAAAAGGACCAGCUGGGCAAGAGUGAAGAAGGAGCCCCACAGGAAGGAAUUCUGGAAGAUAUGCCCGUGGAUCCGGACAAUGAAGCUUAUGAAAUGCCUUCCGAGGAAGGGUAUCAAGACUAUGAACCUGAAGCCUAA